AUGCCUACCCCCUUCCCCGAACCAAGUCCGGAAGACUUUCAGUACGAUGAGAGCGCGGAAGCCUGUCACCUGGGGGACAUCAUGGCCUUUGGGACUACCUUCCUGCCAAUCGUGUACUCCCUUGUCUUUGCAUUUGGCCUGGUGGGCAAUCUGCUGGUGGUGUCCGCCCUCAUCCACAGCCGGAAGCCCAAGAGUGUCGCCGACAUCUACCUCCUGAACCUGGCCUUGUCCGACCUGCUCUUUGUAGCCACCUUGCCCUUCUGGAUUCACUACCAGAUAAGGGAUCAUGGCUUUGACAAUGCUACGUGCAAACUCACGACGGCCUUGUUCUUCAUUGGCUUUUUCGGUGGCAUAUUCUUCAUCACCAUCAUCAGCAUCGAUAGGUACCAGGCCAUUGUCCUGGCUGCCAACUCCAUGAGCAACCGGACCGUGCAGCACGGUGUCACUGUCAGCCUCAGCGUCUGGGCAGCAGCUAUCCUGGUGGCAGCCCCCCAGUUCAUGUUCACUAAGCUCACGGAGAACCAGUGCUUCGGGGACUACCCUGACGUCCUGCGGAACGUCUGGCCCGUGCUCCGCAACAUGGAAGCAAAUAUUCUUGGCUUCCUGCUCCCCCUGCUGAUUAUGAGUUACUGUUACUUCAGAAUCAUAUGGACACUGUUUUCCUGCAAGAACAAGAAAGCGAAAGCCAUUAAACUGAUCUUCCUGGUGGUCAUUGUAUUUUUCCUGUUCUGGACACCCUACCACGUAAUGAUUUUCUUAGAGACACUCAGUCUCUACAACUUCUUUCCCAACUGUGACACAAAGCGGGAUCUGAAAUUGGCCCUCAAUGUGACCGAGACAAUUGCAUUUAUCCACUGUUGUCUCAAUCCCCUCAUCUAUGCAUUUGCUGGACAGAAGUUCAGAAGGUACCUUGACCAUCUGUAUAGGAAAUGCCUGGCUGUCCUGUGCGGCGGCUCCGUCCACACUGGCUUCUCCUCUUCGGAAUCACAAAGGAGCCGGAAGGGAAGCGUUCUGAGCAGCAAUUUUACUCAGUACACCAGUGAGGGAGAUACGUCCGUGCAUCUCUGAAGAGAUCUCUAAAGCCUUGUCCCUACAGAGACCUGGAGCUCCUGAGUCUGACACUGAAAAAUGAGGACAAUUUUUUUUGUUGUUUCUUACAUGCAAGAAAUGAUGGACCCAAUGACCUCCCAAAACCCGAAGGUGGUUUUAGAAUUGUGCUCAAAAUUUAAAUAAUAAAGGGUAUCCGUCUCUUA